UUUACAACCGCUCAAGAUGACUCCGCAAUUUGUGUAUAAACUUCCGUUACAAGAAUGGCAUCUAAUUAUAACAAAUACAGGGCAUCAUUUCUAUUUUAAUGAGAAGACCAGCAAAUCAUAUUGGCAAUUAAGUGAUAUACAAGCAUUGGGAAUCGAUGUGGAAACUUUUUUGAAUGGAGUAAAUUUCGAUGAGUUGGCAUUGUUGUUUGCCAAAGCAAGGGGAUUGAAGAUUGAUGAGGUAGUGGAAAAUCAAGAGGAGAUAGAGUGGAGAUCGGAGGAAGUUGAAAUCGUCAUUGAACGAGGCGAUGUGGUGUCUGGAGAGAAAGAAAAGGAGGUAAGAGAACUAAAUCAUGAGCCUGAAUCAGAACAAACACAAAUUAUCCAAGGAUAUUCAUCAAGUGAAGAAGAUUAUGAAGAUGAGGAGGAGGAAAAAGAAGAGAAUGUAUCAAGGCCAGAACAGGAUCUUGAUAUAGACCAACUAGCAGCAACAGCAAUCGAACAGUACCAACAUUCGGACUCGGAAACAGAUUCCGAAGCAUCAAAUGACCUAGACCUUUCAUUCGAUGAUAACUCAUCAUCUGAAGAUUUCAUAUCAUUACUUGAACAAUUCAAAUCAAAAAUUUCUCCAUUUGAACCAUGGGAGUUGAUCGAGGAGCGACUUAUUUCAGAGUUUGUUAAAUAUCCCGAGUUUUACACAAUUGAUUCAAAGAGUAAACGAGAGGAAAUCUUUAGACAAUGGCUGAAGCAGCAAGAGGACGAAGAGGAGCAAGAUCAAGAAGAGGAAGAAGUGGUAAAUAUAUAUCCCACCCCAACAAUUGAGUAUCUUGCAUUCCUUCAAAACUUCAAAUCCGAAAUCAAAAACGGGUUUUAUCAACCUUUUUACAGUAAACAUUAUAAACUGAUAAAUUCGUUCAAUCUUACUCCACAACAAAAGGAGACAAUAUUCAGAAACUACAAGUUGAUGUUGUCCGAGUCUUCAAUUGCUGAACGAGAGUAUAAAAAGGCCAAUUCCAAGCUGGGGAAUUUCAAGGUUAUGAAAUUAACGGAAUUUCUUAAACAAUUCAAUCUUAGUGGGGGUAAAGUCAAUUACAAUUCUGAUGAAUCAUUCUUUACCAAUUGGAUUGAUUUGUUAAACGUAAAUCAAGUUGAUUUGGAAAUUGCGGAAAAUCAAAUCAAUUUUCUUGUAGGCGAUGAAAAAAGAUUUGUCAGUUACAAAUCCGCACUUGAAUAAUUCCCUUCUCUAAUUAUAGAAAUACAAAUAAUAGAAGUAUAAACCAUGAGUACAAGAGUAGUAGUCACUGGGAUGGGUAUUAUCUCACCUCUAGGUGUAGGGCUCUCUCAUAAUUGGAGUCGACUAAUUGCGGGCCAAUCUGGGCUCAUAUCAACAACGACCCUUCCUGAUUACAAUGAGGGAUGGGAUAAAGUCCCCGCAAAAGUUAUUGGGAAAGUACCAUCUGGAUCAUUGGCCGAAGGUAAUUGGGAUGCAGAAGAGCAUUUCGACCGAGGUGAAGCUAGGCGUUUAGCAUUGUUCAGUCAAUAUGCUAUAGCCAGUACUCAGCAAGCUUUGGUCGAUGCCAAACUUGUGAAAAAUGGCAGUACUGCCGUUGCUGUAGAAGAUGACAAAAGAAUUGGAGUUGCAGUCGGGAGCGGAAUUGGAUCAUUCCAUGAUGCAUAUGAUAACUCAGUUGCAUUUGCAGCCAGUGGUUACAAGAAAGUUCAACCGUUAUUCAUACCUAAACUUCUUACUAAUAUGGCUGCGGGGAAUAUCUCGAUCAAGUAUUCCCUCAAGGGACCAUUACAUUCCGUUGCCACUGCAUGUGCUACUGGUUUACAAGCAGUGGGGGAUGCAUAUAACUUCAUCAAAAUGGACUAUGCCGAUGUUAUGGUUUGUGGAGGUGCUGAAGCAUCGAUCCACCCACUUGCUCUUGCCGGGUUUGCUCGUGCUCGGUCGGUAACUACUGAUUUUAAUGACGAUCCCACGUCAGCAAGCCGUCCAUUCGAUAAGUCCCGUAGCGGGUUUGUUCUUGGUGAAGGAUGCGGGAUCCUUAUCCUUGAAAAGCUCGAUCAUGCCUUGGCCAGAGGAUUAACGGAAAAGGAUAUUUAUGCUGAAGUUUCCGGGUAUGGUAUUUCCGGUGAUGCUCAUCAUAUAACUGCACCACGGGAAGAUGGUGAAGGAGCAUAUAAUGCCAUGUCCCAAGCACUUGCCCGUAGUAAUGGGAUCACACCACAAGAAAUAGACUAUGUUAAUGCGCAUGCUACUAGUACGGUCAUUGGAGACCGGGCCGAAAAUAAUGCCAUGGCACGAUUGUUUCCAAAUUCACUUGCUGUAUCAUCUACGAAAUCGUCAAUUGGUCAUUUAUUAGGUGCGGCUGGAGCUGUGGAAGCAAUUUACACAAUUAAUGCAAUUAAAACAUCUGAAAUCCCCCCUACAUUAAAUUUAGACCUGGCAGGGGGCCACAAAGAUGAUGAUCUUGAUCAAUUUAAGUUUGACUACGUCGCUAAUAAAAGCAAAACAAUGGAAGUGCGAAAUGCGAUGUGCAACUCGUUCGGUUUCGGGGGUGUCAAUAGUAGCGUCAUUUUUAGUAAGUAUCCACAACAAUUAUCUUAGCCAAUCAAUUUAAUAAAACCACAAAGCUCGU